GUGACGUCAGCGGCGCGCGCCCUUUCUCCGCCAUCUUGUCCCUGGAUCUGCUCCUGCAGGACACUGCCCUUUUCCGGGACAAGAAGCAGCGCAAUGGCCGAGGAAUGCAUAACUGCAGGCGGUGUCAUGGAUGUUAACACUGCACUUCAGGAAGUGCUGAAAACUGCGUACAUCCACGAUGGCUUGUGUUGUGGUCUCCGGGAAGCUGUCAAGGUGCUGGACAAGCGACAGGCUCACUUGUGUGUCCUGGCAGGCAAUUGCGAUGAGGCACAAUAUGUUAAGUUGGUAGAGGCACUCUGUGCUGAGCAUCAGAUCAACCUGAUUAAGGUUGAUGACAACAAGAAACUUGGUGAAUGGGUAGGCCUGUGCAAAAUAGACCGAGAAGGGAAACCUCGCAAGGUUGUCGGCUGCAGUUGUGUUGUUGUCAAGGAUUAUGGAAAAGACUCACAAGCCAAGGAUGUCAUUGACAACUAUUUCAGAGGAAAGUGAUAUGUUUCAUAAAUAAAAACAAAAGCUAA